AUGUCGCAAGUCAAGUUAUCGCUGCAGAACGCACUACUCACACUCGAGCAACUCCAACAAACACCUUCACGGGAAGACGGCAUCACAGAGGAGCAAGAAGACCAUCUCCGUCAACUAGGAUGUCAUCUCAUUCAACACGCAGGCAUCCUCUUGAAACUGCCUCAGGUCGCCAUGGCCACGGGUCAGAUCCUCUUUCAGCGGUUCUUUUACCAGGCCUCACUUCGGAAAUUUGCCGUCAGAGAUAUCAGCAUGGGAUCGGUCUUUUUGGCUGCAAAGGUGGAAGAAUGCCCCAUUCGGUUUUUAGACCUGGUGAACGUUUUUGAUCAUCUCAUCAAGAAAUUCCACCGGCUGCCUCUCGACCCCAUGCCAGCCUACCAACAAACCUUUUACACAUUGAAGGAUGCCACGGUGGUGGCAGAGAUGCAGAUUCUGAAAAAGCUGUCGUUCAAUGUGCAUGUUCAAACGCCUUACGCCAUCAUGAUCAACUAUCUCAAGGUGCUGGAACUCAUGGACCAUCCGAUCAUCCCACAACUGGCAUGGAGCUAUCUAAAUGACGGGUUGAGGACAAGUAUAUACAUUUGCUACCAGCCACCGACGAUUGCAUGCAGUGUGAUCUGGCUGGCGGCAAUGAAGGAGAAUGUGGCGUUGCCGACAAGUCCUGCAUGGUGGGAGGUACUGGAUGCUAAGCUGGAGGAUAUUGAGAACAUUGCAGGACAUAUCACAUCGCUCUACCACAGGCCGCUUCCUAUCUCGACGCUGCCGUUUACGAUUGAGCAGGUGGAGCCUUAUCUCCGGGGAGAGCUUAAUAAGAAUGCCAGCAAUGGAUCUCCUGCUGCUGCUGCUACUGGUUCUCUUUCUUCUACUUCUAUCAAGGGGACACGCGUGUCACGGUUUUCCUGA